GCAGGCCUCAUCCCCGUCUACUUCAUGGUGGUCCCCGCGAUGGCCUUGCAACUCGCCAGAAAAUGGGUGGGGAGGAGACAGGGGAGAGGGAUGCCUCUGGGCUUUAUAACUCGGCUCGUCCCUCCGACCAAAGUUCCUCGACAUCUCGUGUACGGAAUCGUCAAUCCAUCUUUACUCUCGCCUCAACAGACCUGGCAGGCCCCGGAAUCCGAGUGUUCAAGAGGCCAGACGACGUAAGAACGAACAGACAGACACCAUGGCCGUAGUCGAGGAAGACAUCCACGACCCGGUUCCGGAGAAGCUUAGGCUCCUCAAGAGCCCGGUCAAGGGGGAUGAGAGCAACAACAUCGAUGCUGCCGUCGGUCAUCUGGGUUAUCGCUCCGACCCUGACGAUGAGCCUAUCUUGAUGCGAAAUUCCGACUCGACGAAUCUCGAAGUCUUCUAUGACCUUUUCCUCGCUGUAUGUUGCCUUGGCCUUGGCCUUCUUUGGAUAACAUGGUUCCUCACUGGCAUGUACGAUGUUCGAUUCGUCACCGACUGCAUCUUUGAGCGCGCCGCCCGCGCCGUGCAUCUUGGUGUCUUGGUCGGCUUUACCGUCACCUCGCCCAAUUUCGACCCCAACGACCAGCAGCCAGUUGUCUUCAGAACAUUCUCUCUCAUCCUUAUGGUUUCGCGACUUUGCCUCGCCGUGGAGUACGCCAGCAUCAUCUUACAUGUCCGACAGUACAAGCGCUCCAUCCUUCCUCUUGCCGCCAUGGUCGGCCUGAACUUCGCUGCCGCUAUGGUGUACCUCGGCAUUACGUUCCGCUUCACCGGCGGUAGCAGCCGCGUGUUUUACACCUGGUAUGCUCUCGGCGCGGCUGAGGUGCUGCUGAACCUCGGGCUUUCCAUCCGCUUCAAGGUCCUGAGCUUCCAGAGCACUCAUCUGAUCCGCAGAGCCAGUCUCUUGACUCUUAUCAUCUUUGGCGAGGGCGUUGCCGUUGCUUGCGGUGCCAUCACCAAGAUUGUUAGCGUCGGUCACGAUGAGUGGACUGGCGGAACCAUCGGCGUCGUAGCCGCCAACGUCGCCGCCGUGUACAUCGUUUUCAUGGUCUACUUCGACUGGAUGCGUCACCUGCAUCUUCCCGUUUGGCGUCAGCUCGCAUGGACGAUUCUCCAUUUCCCUCUCCACUUGACCAUGACUCUCUUUAUGGAAGGCGCUGCCCAACUCAUUAUCUUCUAUAAAGGAGCCGAAAACAGCGCCCUGGUGGCUAACAAGUUUAUGUCUGUGCUUACCGAAAUUGAGUCGUUAGACCAGGUUCACGACGUACUGUACAAUUUCACCAUGGAAAUGGUGGAAAGGUACGAACCCAAGUAUACCUUCCAGUACACCGACAUCGAGAAUGCUCUUAAUGGUAUUGCCGAAAUCGACUGGUCAUCCGCCGAGGAAGAGCUCGGCCCUGAUCCCACGGAAGACGAGGCUUGGCAGCACGUAGCAUUCCAGCAGUUCUUCUUUCACGCUGUGAACAUCUUGUUGACCUUGGACAAUGUCGUCUACAAUGCCUACGGAGUCGAUUUUGUUGCAGCCCAGGCCGAGGAAGCGGCGCUGCCCACGGAUCCCACAGAACAGGAUAACCAGAACUUCCUCGUCGGUGUGAGCGAACGCAACUUCGUCCGGUUCCGCACUCUCUUCCAGUACACCUUCGUCAGCGCCGGCAGCUUCCUCGGUCUCGCCAACCUUCUGUACUGCAUCUCGCGCAUCGAGAAAUGGAACCGCUGGGCCAUCAUCCGCACCAGCAUCAAUUUCCUCAUCGCCCUCGGCAUCGCCCUCGUCACCCUCGUGUCCCAGAACUUCACCCACCUGGAGAAUUACCGGUCGACGCCCUAUAUCCUGCCGACGCUCUUGUUCGCCUACCUCAUCGUCAUCACCAUGAACCACCUGCGGGGCCUGCAACCCAUCUUUGGCUUCCCCCAGUUCAGCUUCCUCGCCAAGAAGAAAAGCCACGAUACCGAGUACGUCCAGCAGCAGACCGAACUCAUGACUACCAAGUACGACCCUGGCGAGCAGAACGAUCCCGCCGCCGCCGCGUAUCAAUAUCCGUCUCAACAGUAUGCGCCAUCGACAGAUUCCGCGCCGGGACGCACCCCAGCCGGUCAGCAGCAAGGGCCGCAGGGUCAGUUUUACGAAUACUCCGGCGAGGUGGGAUAUCGUCCUGUGUAAGCCUCACGGGGGACUGUUUUGGCUCUCAAACCGAACCCGUCUGCGCCCCGCAGAUCUGGGUAUCGUGAUGGUCGAUUUAAAGUAGUUUGAACUGGUCUGGGGAUAUGCGUAAAAUUGUAGGAACAAGCGAAAACUAGAGUUUGUGCUUUUCGGGUACGGCUUCGGACACAAGGAAACAUCCUUUGGCUAGCGAGCGGGUUUGGGUUUAUUUGUUCAAUUGUCUGCGUUUUGCACAAAAAUAUACCACAGAAUUACCC